CAUUCUAUCGUUCUCUCUCUCUCCACUCUCUCUCUCUUCAAAGGAAGGAGGAAAGAAGAGGAGGAGGCGGAGGAGGGGAAGGGUUGCACCCUUCGUUGUCUACCCACUCGCGAUUCCCUUUGCGUGUUUUCCCAAUAUUCUUUCUCUACAAGAGGAAAAAGAUUUCUUCUCGGGGAUUUGGGUGUUGGUUCUUGGCCCCUUGGCCUUUCCCCUUCUUUCCAUUGAUUCCCGGGCUUGCAGAUCGUCGAUCAUCUAGAUUAAUUCCAUGGCAUCCAAACGCAUCUUGAAGGAACUUAAGGACCUUCAGAAGGAUCCUCCAACGUCAUGCAGUGCAGGUCCUGUGGCUGAAGAUAUGUUCCACUGGCAGGCAACAAUUAUGGGACCUCCUGAUAGUCCUUAUGCUGGAGGCGUGUUUCUAGUCACAAUUCACUUCCCCCCUGACUAUCCGUUUAAGCCUCCCAAGGUGGCAUUUCGGACCAAGGUCUUUCAUCCAAACAUUAACAGCAAUGGGAGCAUUUGCCUUGAUAUCCUGAAAGAACAGUGGAGUCCGGCUCUGACUAUUUCAAAGGUUCUGCUUUCCAUCUGCUCGUUGCUUACAGAUCCCAACCCAGAUGAUCCGCUUGUGCCUGAGAUUGCUCAUAUGUACAAGACUGAUCGAGCUAAGUACGAGUCCACUGCUCGGAGCUGGACACAGAAGUAUGCCAUGGGCUGAUAGUUUCCUUUGUAGACAAGCAAAAGACUUGGUUACAAAUGUUGAAAGCCAAGGCCUCGGCUUUCUUUAUGCAAAUUCUAAUCCUCCAAACUAGAAAUUGAGGAGAGCUGCUCUCUCCAGAUGAUAUGUUGCUUCUUUGUUUUCUGGGGUGCAUGUUUCUCUUAUGAACCUAUCUCCAUCGUGCUUCCAGAUAAUUUCCAUGGGUGCUGUACAUUUUGUUAACUAGACACAGACGCAUGUCUCAGUCUGAUCCUUGGUCCUUUUUGUUUUCCAGAACAUAAAGGGGUUACCAUGGGAGUUUUUCUUCUUUU